AUGGCUGGCCAGUGCAAGGGUGUCACUCUCACGAAGAGUCCUUGUUGCAAGUUCGCUGCUGCGGGCUCUGACUAUUGCAAGCACCAUCAAAAACAGAGUACAUCCAAUCCUCUCCCCACAUGCCACAGCUCAAUUCUAACAACUCUGAACACAGCAAUCUCUAACAACGGCGAUCGUACUCGCGGUCCGUUCAGCCGCAGAAAGUUCGUGAAAGCCGUAGCCAAGGCCGUCAAGAUUGCAACGCCGUACCUAGCAGAGGCGCUGAAGAUGCCGCAGCUGGAGGAGAAGCAGAACCAGUACCAUAAGAUGACGGUUCUGGUGACCAAGUUCAUGCAGAUGUCGAAUGUGGGAUCAGAGAUGCAGAGCCAGCUCUGGACUCAUACCCAUCAGGUUCUGACUCAGCAUGCACUGCCGACCAUCGAGCAGCGGGCUCUGAACGCGGCUGCUGGUAACGGCCCCGUUCAAGGUCAUCCUAUCGUCCAGCAGGGCCAGCCGCCGGCUUACGCCCCUCGCGAUCCCGCUGUCGCUGCUGCCAUUGUCGCUCGCGAUGUCCCAGCUAUUGUCGCUCGUGCUGCUGCCGCUAGGGCUGCUGCAGUUCGUGCUACCGCUGCUCAUGUCGCCGCUGGUCAGGCUGCUGUUCUAGCUGCUGUUCCACCUGCUGCACCGGCUGCUGUUCCGGCGGCUGUUGUGGCUGCUGCUGAGGCUGCUGUCCAGGCCGUUGCUCCUGCUCCUGCUCCUGUUAACGCCGGCAAGUAG